ACACCAUUAUCAUUCUUAUUGGUAGGUGAAGAUUCAUGACCUAAGAAACUUUCCAUUUACGAGGUUGUGAAUGCCACAAGAGGGGGGCGUUCAUAUGGACUCUUCUCGUGAACACGGGUGGUUGACUUUUGACACAAAUCCACUGGAUAGUUUACUGCAAGGACUGGUGGGUGCUUGUGGGAUCUCUGUGCUGUGCUCCCUGUUAAGACUGCACCUAUUUCUAGAAGAGGAGAGCUGGAGUGAUAAAAAUGAUAAAGACACAUCAAGCCAGAGGACGGCCAGUCAUCAGAGGGGAACUAACACUGGACUUGUGGGGAUGCUCCAGUUUUUCUUUGUGACUGGGAUGCUGGCUGUAGUGGGCUCCCGUGUUGCCUCACUGGUGGUGCUGGAGUUUUGUCUACGAGCUGUCUCUGGAUUGCUUACAGCAGGACCAGAGUCCAGGAAAUUUCUGCAGCAGCUGUUAGUUCAAAGCCAGUUCUCUCUCGGCUGUGCCCUCAGCUGCAGUUUGCACUUUCUCCACGAGGGAGCGUCCCAGCGCUGGCUAUGCCUGCUGCUGGCAGCAGCACUCAGCUGGUUCCUGGCUCGGCAGGCCACUCGGCUGCUGCACCAUGUCACAGCUCUGUAUAAACUCCACAGCUCACAGCGCUACUGCGGCAUUUGCAUCUGCCUCCUCACAUCAGGCCGCUGCCUGCUGCCCAUGCUGCGCAGGACUAUGAUCAUUACUUUCUUUGUGGCUGUGGUUGCCUCCAUAUCCAUCAUCAAUCAGCACUUCCUCUCUGCAACAGAGGCCCUCAGGUUUUGGACGCCGCUGACUAUCUGCUACACACUGUUGAUUGUGUACAUGCAGGAGGAGCAGCACCGUCUGCCCGGCAGCCAGGCCGUCUUGAACACAGUGGUGGUGCGUCUCGGUGGUUUGAUGGUCCUGAUGCUGACCGUUGGACGCUGGGCCGACGUGCUCCACAUCCUAAUGUGUUUCCUGGGUGAGGCCAGCUGUCUAAUCCCCACCAAGGAUCUGCUGGAUGAGGCAUCCUCCUCACAGGAUGAAGAGGAUUAUACAGCCUACGUAAAGAGAGAGCGUCGACGAAGACCACAGGCACAAGAGAAGGAUCAUCAGAGAUAAACAUUUCUAUUUAAUGGCACUAAUUAGUGUUGGACCUGUUAGGGCUACAUCAACAAUGAACACUUUUGUAUUUGUAUUUUUCAUUAAAAAAAAAAGUCCAAGGAGCAUAUUAUGAUGAUUUGGAAAUUAAAAAUAAAAAUAAAAAAAUAAAAAAAGGCAGAUGCUAUUAGCACCCAGGUGUCAGUAGCACAACAAUACUAUUUGCACCCGACCCAGGCACACAUUAGAUACUGUAUGUGUAUAUGUCCUGUAUGUAUAUUUUUCCCUAACCAAGUAGUUUUGUUGCUUAAACCUGACCAAACUGCGACUGAAAACUUUCAGGACUGCGAAAGUCCUGAGUUUGACCCAUUCAUCUACCACAACCCACUCCUUGCAUAUACUUUGUCGCUCUUUAUAUUACUACUACUGUAUUUUAAUUCAUCAAAGCAAUGUAACUUAUUAGAGUUGAUUACUUUUCUAACAAAUGUUUUAAACUGGGCAAUAAAGCUGAAAAGUCCUAAAAAACAUAAAUAAACCAGGCAGUGUUAACCUCACAAUGUCCAACUUUUAUUAAAAGUUCUU